AUGGUCCGCUGCAAACAGUUGCUCGCAUCGUUUCUUACCACGUCCCUCGCCGGUCGAGGCAUGGCCAACGCCAUGGAGCUGAAUGUCGGAGACCAAAACUCCGUCCGAAACGCCGCCAGAACGGUAGCCUACAACAUGAUGAGCUACUACCACGGCAACGAGAGCGGCCAGAUCCCGGGCAAACUGCAAGGCACCUGGUGGGAGGGCGGUGCCAUGUUCAUGACGCUCAUCCAGUACUGGCACUGGACCGGUGAUACCUCUUAUAAUGAAGUAACGACACAGGGGAUGCUCUGGCAGAGGGGGAAAGACGACUUCUUCCCGAAGAACGACAGCUCAUUCCUGGGAAACGACGACCAGGUCUUUUGGGGGUUGGCUGCUAUGACUGCGGCUGAGUUGAAUUUCCCAGAAGGGGAAGGUGAUCCAUCCUGGCUUUCGCUCGCACAGGGUGUCUUCAAUACACAGGUGCCCAGGUGGGAUACACAAACUUGUGGUGGAGGACUUCGCUGGCAGAUCUUCCCAUAUCAGGCUGGGUAUACUAUGAAGAACGCCAUCUCGAACGGAGGUUUGUUCCAGCUGGCUGCUCGACUAGGACGGUAUACCAAGAACGAGACGUACAUCCAGUGGGCAGAGAAGAUUUGGGACUGGAGCGCGACAACACCUCUCCUCAAUGUGGUAGACUGGACUAUUGCCGACUCGACAGGUUCUGGAGCCGACUGCAAAGACCAUGGCGACACUCAGUGGUCGUACAACUAUGGAACGUAUCUCAGCGGUGCCGCAUACAUGUACAACUUGACCAACGAACGCACGAAAUGGAAGACUGCCAUCGACAACUACCUUGCAACAACGUUCCGGACAUUCUUCCCCCAGGACUUCGGCGGCCAAAUCAUGUCCGAGGCCUCCUGCGAGCCGUGGAUGAUCUGCGACCGCAACCAAGACUGCUUCAAGGGCUUCCUCUCCUCAUGGCUGACCUUCAUGACAACAAUCGUGCCGUAUACCGCCCCCGAAAUCAUCCCUAAAAUCCAACAAUCCGCCAUAGCAGCUGCACGACAAUGCUCCGGUGGAGACUCCGGCACCCAGUGCGGACGACGCUGGCAUCAGAACGAAUGGGACGGUAGUGCAUCGCUGGAGGCUGACAUGAGCGCCCUGAGUGUCAUAUCCUCCUCCAUGGUCAGCUUUAGGGACGAGUCGCAUCCGUUGACACAUGCGACUGGUGGUACGAGCAAGAGCAAUCCGAAUGCCGGUGCCCGUGAGGACAUCCAGCCAAAGCAUAUCCGAGAUAUCACAUCGGGGGAUCGUGCUGGCGCAGUCUUUGCGACUCUGACUUUCAUCAGCUUGUGGUUUUGUUUGCUUACCUGGUGGUUCUCUUGA